GUUUGCAUGUGUGUGUGUUGGAGGCUCUUCCUGCACUGAGCCCCGUCAGACCACAGCGAACCAGCAGCUUGAACAGGCAGCAUCUCUCUGCACGGCUUCACAAACGACCUACAGGAGGACGAGAUGAAGCUGUUGGUCUCGAUCGGCGUUCUCCUCGGCCUCUUCAUCUGUCAUCUCACUGAGGCCAGAGUCAUCCCAGAAGGAGUGCCGUAUGAUGAACCACCAGCUGUCCCCUACUGGCCCUACUCCACCUCUGACUUCUGGAACUACGUCGAGUACUUCAGAUCCAUUGGCGCCUACAACCAAAUCAACGAGAUGGCCCGGGCCUUCUUCGCCCACCAGCCCCUCGGAGACACCCUGGGAUAUGAGUCCAAUCAGGGACACGAACACUGAGAGAGGAGCUGGAUGGAGCCGUUGAGAUAACCUGAGGAGAUUCUUUAGGAGUUACUUAAUUAAUACAGAAAUUAAACAAGGCGGAGGGAAGGUAAUACAUAGCAAGUAUGUAACAGUUUGUAGCAUAGCCGUACAUAUAGAAUAAGCUUACUUAUGUAAAGUAUGUAGCUCUUUUGUAGGAUUGUAUUAUAUCUUCAUGCAGUGUGGCAUAAAUAAAACAUUUUACAAAUA